CUCAAGUCGUGCUGAGCUGCCGCGCCUGUAGAACUCGGAACAGAGAGACCAGAGCAGGCAGAUCUGUCCCGGGCGCAACCCCUGGCGCGCUCACCAUGGAGAUGCAUUUCAUCUUCUCAGAUAAGGUGGUGCUUCUGUUUGAUUUCUGGAAAGUCCACAGUCCUGCAGGCAUGGCUGUUUCGGUGUUGGUGGUCCUGCUCCUGGCUGUGUUAUACGAAAGCAUCAAGUUUGCCAAGAUUAAGCUGCUCUACCAGACUCUGGUGAACAUGCCCACCUCCACCAGUGAGCGGCCUGAGGGGACAGACCAGGAUUCUUCAAGCUCGGAGUCACCCCUAGUCAGCAGACCCCGAUUCAGGUGGGUUUUGUCUCACUUUGGCCAGUCUCUAAUGCAUGUCGCUCAGGUGGUCAUCGGCUACUUCAUAAUGUUGGCUGUUAUGUCCUACAACACCUGGAUUUUCCUUGGCGUGGUCCUGGGCGCAGCCUUGGGCUACUACCUCUCCUACCCGCUUCUCAGCAUAGAUUAGCCCACAAGGGCCGUGCAGGCGCUGAGCACUGGAGAAAGCUGGGUGCCCCCUCCAGUCAUCGCACUUUCAGGCCCAAGUCUCCUUUUUCUUCUGAUGGAUGGUACUCACCUCACUCCCAGCUCCUAGAAAUUUUCAGCCAAAGCCAGCACUUGCUCCCUGGAGUUCAGAGGCCACUGCAGCUACCUCUCCUCAGACAGCCCGCCCAGGGCUAGUCUUGCGCCUUAGCAGGCUGCUGUGACUAGCGGGAGAACGGAGAGGACAGAAACCAGAGGCAGGAUUGCGGAGCCUGUGCUGACUUAUCUGUGACUCAAAACUUAAGAGUUCCCAAAGAUCUCCAAGACCAGGAGGCAGGUUCUGGGUUUAAGCACCCAGAACCUGGCCACCUUUCACUCUGCUGAUUUGUGCCUUACCUAGACGAGCAUCUUCCCCUUGCACGUCCUGUCCUCGUCUGUCUUUGGGGGACAGGGACUAAGCUGGCUCCUUUUUCUCACCCUCUGCCUUUGGAACGUGAAGAUUGUUUCUUCUGUGGAUCACACUGACAAACUAAGAUUUUUCACUUUUUCCCAGUGAACUCCUGGUUGGCAAUUUUGCACAAUAACACAAACAAAAAUUUUAAUUAAAUUAUUUCAUUUCAUUCAUGAUAGAUGGCAGCAUUUGCUGGGACUGGUUUCCCCUUCCUGGGGGGAGAGUAAGUGACAGGAGAUUAAAGGCAGAGAAGCAGGACUGCAGCCAAGACUCCUGCGGAUGGAGUGAGCUCCUC